ACCUCAGUCUCCAUCCAAAACGUUUUCAUUCCGAGCGUUUCUCCCUCCAACUCCAUCUCCAUCUUCUCCAGAUCUCUAUACCAUCUCUCCUCCCAUUGCGCCACCGUCUCCGGCCACCGUCGCCGGAGCCGAACCUCACCUCCCCAACCAUGGGAUCCUCCCAAUCCCGUGAGCAAGACGACGACGUUGAUGACCACCAAGAGGAUGACGAGGACGACGACGAUGAACACGAGAGGCCCAGAUCCAAGCCUCACAAAGAGAAAGUUUUGGAACAGGAGCCGGAGAUUCUCCCAUGCCACCCAUCGGCAUCGCCGCUUUCCCCCCAACUCUCCCUCGCCAGCACCCCGCGCUUACUUGGCCCGUCUAUCAAGGUCUGGGACCCUUGCAAUGUCCUCCUUCCGCCCCCUUUCUCAAACCGAGGUUUUGAUUUGGAUGGUGGUGAUCGGGGGACGAUGACGGAGGUUUACUUGAUUUGCCACGGUGAGUGCACGGUUGGGUUGCGGCCAGAUCUGGUUGGUGGGAGGUGGCCUGCCGCUGGGCUAACAGGGAAUGGGGAGCGCCAGGCCCGAGCGCUCGCUGUGCUCCUUAGUUCCCAGGGAGUGAGGUUUAGUGCCGUUUACUCCUCACCAUUGGAUCGAGCUCGGGCCACUGCAGCCUUUGUCUGUCGGGAACUUGGUUUCUUAGAGGAGCAGAUACAAUCCUCUGAUGCCUUGACUGAGAUGAGUCAGGGCCAGUGGGAAGGUUGUCUCCGCUCGGAUAUCUACACCCUUGAAAUGGUCAGUUUGAUCGAAAGAACCCAGCCUGAUUUCCUACCACCUUCAGGUGAAUCACUCAGACAGGUGGAAUUUCGAAUGAUCGAAUUCCUAAAUAAAACUGUACUGGGACUGCCCCAAAGGCUGACAAGUGGGGAUGCACUAAUGCACCAGAAUGAUGCCAAAGGAUUUUCACGCCACAGCUCGACCAAUUCUGUACAAGAACGAGAUACUGCUCACAUGGAUCUGGUUCAUAGGCUCAACCGACCGGGAAUGCAGAGGAAGAUAUCUGGCAAAAGCCGACUUCAGUUUAUGACAACAGGAGAAAAUGAUAUGGAAGACGAAUUCUCUCCUAGAGAAGCCAUUCAGAGUACCGGCAGAAACCCUGCUACUUCCAUUGGUAUUUUCACUCAUGCAACCCCAAUCAAAUGCCUUCUUACCGGCAUUCUAAAUUGCAGCCCCGUGAUGUCUCAGAAGUUAUGUGUUGAUGAUUCUUCGAUCACAGUCCUGCAGCACUCCCUUAGAACAGGAUGGCAGGUAAAGAGGCUAAAUGAUACUGCACAUCUGAGGCUUCUCUAAACAUACAUACACAACAAGCAGCUUCUUCGAAUUUGGAUCAGUUCAAUGCUGAUUGACGAAACGGUUUUGUUUUAAACCCGGUGCUUCAAUGAACAAAACAACAUUAUCAGUGCUACACAGAUGAGCCCGGAAAAGGAAGGUGAGAUCUCUUGUAUUUGUUGCAUUUAUUAUUGUAAUGUUUCCAUAAACUAUCAUCAGAUAAAAAAAUAUAAAAAAAAAGAAAAUUUUCCCAUUCUCAGUUCCAGAAUUGAAGAUGCUGGAGCUGGUGUGUAACUAUUAUAUUUCUCAUUGUUUGAUUUAUGGGGAAUUCAUUUCAA